UUCGUCCUUAAAACCAUUGGUUCCGGUUUAAUUAAACCGGGAUCACCCAUUCCUAAAUUUCCGUCCAACGCCAACGGUAACGAAAUCGCACAAGUGUCGACGCUACAGAUCACACAACAGAAAGAGAAAAAUGACGUCACCGAGUCACACCCCAAAUCGCGGCGGCGAAUCGGUCGAGACUCAGUCUCCUGAGCUCAGGAAAGAUCCGGUGACUAACCGCUGGGUAAUAUUCUCUCCCGCCAGAGCCAAGAGACCGACCGAUUUCAAAUCCAAAUCUCCCAACAACCCUAACCCCAAACCUACCUCGUGCCCCUUUUGCAUCGGCCGUGAGCAAGAGUGUGCUCCGGAGAUAUUUCGUGUGCCGGAUCAUGACCCGAAUUGGAAACUCCGGGUCAUCGAGAACCUGUACCCGGCUCUAAGCAGGAAUCUCGAGACCCAAUCGACGCUUCCCGAGACGGCUACGACUCGGACUAUACCCGGAUUUGGAUUCCAUGACGUGGUAAUCGAAUCUCCUGUUCACUCGAUCGAGCUCUCCGAUUUAGAUCCGGUUUGUAUCGGCGAUGUCUUGAUCUCGUAUAAGAAGAGGAUCCAACAGAUCACUCAACAUGAUCCCAUCAAUUACAUUCAGGUAUUCAAGAACCAUGGUGCGUCAGCUGGAGCAUCAAUGAGUCACUCCCACAGUCAGAUUAUGGCUUUACCAGUUGUUCCUCCAACAGUUUCUUCACGCCUUGAUGGUACUAAGGAAUAUUUCAACGAGACUGGGAAAUGUUGUCUCUGUGAAGCUAAAUCAAAACACUUUGUGAUUGAUGAGUCGUCU